CAACAACAACAACAACAACAACAACAACACAAUCAAUUUCAACCACCUUUGAUACCCAUCUCUCUUUGAGAUACAUAUUGAAAUAACUACCAACCACAUUCCUCAUCAAUCACCUACCAAAACAAUACCCAACAUGUCUGGACUCGUCAACAAGGUCAAGGAGGCUCUCCACUCCGACAAGCACGCUGAGACUGGCACCCACAGCACUCACAACAACUACAACGAGCCAGAGGGCGCUCACGGACCUCAUGGUUCCCGCGCGGCCAAUGCCGCCGACCCACGUGUCGACUCUGACCGUGAUCACCGUGCCGCCCCUCACCAUCACGAGGCGGGCGUUGCCGGCGGCCACUAUCAACCCACCGGCCACCACCAGCCUGGCGGCCACCACCAAGAGGGAGCUUACGGCGCCCACAACUCCCGCGUAGCUAACGCUGCCGACCCUCGUAUCGACUCGGAUCGUGACCACCGCGGAGCUCACCACGGCUACCAGGGUGGAGCUGGAGAGAUUCCCGGAGGUGCAGGUGGCGUGACGGGAUACAAUGACCCCGUCGGCACCCACGGCGCCCACAACUCCCGCGUGGCAAACGCUGCCGACCCUCGCAUCGACUCGGACCGCGACCACCGUGGCGCUCCCGGCGGUGCUGGCACCGCACACUAUGGAAGCGGCCCUGGCCCUGCGGCCAACACUGCUGGCCCCCACCGCAGCGACGUGUUGAACAAGGCGGACCCCAGAGUUGACAGCGACCUGGACGGAAGCAAGACUUUCGGCGGAAACAGGACUGUGCAAGACCACGGUGCAACCCACAGGGACCCUCGGGAUGCGGCUCAGGUACCUCCCUCUGUCUUGAGGCAACACGUUGGCGAGCCUGCAAUUGAGCAUGAUGACCACGCUCACGGUCGGUCCGAGAGGCAUCAGUCCAUGUCUCACCAGGAUGCGCACCGGGGGAUUUAAGAGAAAGGCCUUUCUGGUUGAGGUUCCUGGAGUGUAAUGAUUAGCGUGACCUUUGUCUCUGUUAAUUGUCAGAGAAUAAUUUUAACUCAAUUCCUCGAUGAUGCUAUCCCUGGGGGAAAAAUGUUCCAGCAAAAUUUCAUCAUUCAUAAAUGUAGUGUUUUGCAGGUG